UAUAAGGGGGGAAAGACAUAAUUUCGCAUGUUGAUCUGAAACCCAACAACCAACGAGGAAUAUGAACAGGAAAACCAGGCGCUGGAUAUUCCACAUCUUUCUGAGCCUAGGGAUUGUCUAUAUAAAAAUUGGGGGCUUCUCCUCCGUCGUGGCUCUGGGGGCCAGCAUCAUCUGCAACAAGAUCCCGGGCCUAGCUCCUCGACAGAGGGCGAUCUGUCAGAGCAGACCCGAUGCCAUCAUAGUGAUCGGAGAAGGCUCCCAAAUGGGCAUCAACGAGUGCCAGUUUCAGUUUCGCAAUGGACGGUGGAAUUGCUCCGCUCUGGGCGAGAGGACGGUCUUUGGAAAAGAGCUGAAAGUGGGUAGUAGAGAAGCAGCGUUCACCUACGCCAUCAUUGCUGCUGGAGUAGCGCAUGCGAUCACUGCUGCCUGCACCCAGGGGAACCUGAGCGACUGUGGCUGCGACAAGGAAAAACAGGGACAGUACCACAAAGACGAAGGAUGGAAAUGGGGAGGCUGCUCUGCAGACAUCCGAUAUGGGAUAGGAUUCGCCAAAGUGUUUGUGGACGCAAGGGAGAUUAAGCAGAAUGCAAGGACGCUCAUGAAUUUGCACAACAACGAGGCGGGGCGAAAGAUCCUUGAAGAGAACAUGAAGUUGGAAUGCAAGUGCCACGGUGUGUCGGGAUCAUGUACUACUAAGACAUGCUGGACAACUCUUCCUAAAUUCAGGGAGCUGGGCUACAUCCUUAAGGACAAAUACAAUGAAGCCGUUCAGGUUGAACCAGUGAGGGCAAGUCGCAAUAAACGCCCAACUUUUCUUAAGAUAAAGAAACCACUCUCCUACCGUAAGCCCAUGGAUACAGAUUUAGUGUACAUAGAGAAAUCACCUAACUACUGUGAAGAGGACCCUGUCACUGGAAGUGUGGGAACACAGGGCAGAAUGUGCAACAAAACAGCCCAGCAGACCAAUGGCUGUGACCUGAUGUGUUGCGGUCGAGGUUAUAAUACUCAUCAGUAUUCAAGAGUGUGGCAGUGCAACUGUAAAUUUCAUUGGUGCUGUUAUGUUAAAUGUAAUACGUGCAGUGAAAGAACAGAAGUGUACACCUGUAAAUGAAAGUGUGGCUUGGGAGGGGGAACCUACAGCCUUGGAAUAAACACAUUUUUUUUUGCACAUAAGCUCAGUGCACCUACACACGACUGUAGCAAAGACCCACACUGUUUCCGAAAGGAAAACCAGCAAAUGGAUCCCAUCUUCCCCUCUUAAUAUAUCAACUCUUAUGUGGAGACCCAUCAAAGACUUAGAGAAAUAGUCCAAAAACAACACCAGACUUUUUUUUAAAAAGGAAACAGAAACAAACAAGUCACCUAAUACAAAAAAAUAAGUGGGGGGGAGAUGCUCUUAAAUAUUCUGCGCCUUCAGAACAUAAUUUAUUGACUGCCUUAAGGGAAAAAGCCCAAAGCAAGGGGCUCUUUCGGACUGGAUGAGCGAGAGAUUGAAAGGCACCAUGCAUAAAGAGAGGGCUGGGGGAACAAACGAUUCUUAAACAUGGUCUUUGCACAGGAUGGGGUGACAAUGGACCAGUGUGAAUUUCAACUUAAAGAGAGUGGAUUAAGCAGAUUUAGGGAUUUCUACACUUGUGAAAAGCUUCUGCUGGUCCUUCUGUCUUUCCGUUUUUUUUCAGACAAUGUGCUACUGCAAGUAGGAUUGUUGAUGUUUUCCAUAUAAACACUGGUUUAUCUGCCUUUUUGUCGUGCUGCAGAUAUUUUAGCACAGGGAUUUGGGACAUCUGGGCAUAAUAAUAAUAGCAAUAUUUAACAAUUUAUCCAGAUAAAGCUAAUAUUAAUUUAUUUAAUUAAAAAGACUCUACCGACAUUUUUAAAAAACCAUUUUGCAUUUAGAUAGCCUGCUUUUUUGUGGAAUAAUUUUGUAGAUAUGGAAAGGAGGGGACACCCUUGAGCUGUAUAUAUUAUUGUUUACUCAGAUAUUUCUACUAGUUGGAAUUGCAGGAUGUUUUUUUCUGCAAUAAUAGAUGUUAAGUACAAAAGCAGGCAUCUUUUAUAAUUUGUUUGGCUGUUUGCUGCUAGUUGUCUGGAAUCUCAAACUGAUAUUCAUCUUCACCUAGAUACCAGUGCAUAACAUGUCCAGUUUUUUUUAAAUUUUAUUUUAAGGAGCAUUACAUAAAUCCAGUUGGAAAUAAUGCAUCACAUAUAAAUGCAAAACUCCAGACAAGUUUCCAUCUUUGGAAAAUGAACCAUAGGAUAAAAGAGUAUAUUUUGUAAGAGACUAUUUUUAUAUGAAUAUUUUAUUUAUACUAUGUCUGCUUGUAUAAUUCUAUAACCUGUACUUUUUCUCAAAACAGGCACACAAUUUGUAAUUGUUAGGCUAUUUAACAGAUAAAGGCUGAUUACUUUGUUGACCUGAAAGUAGCAAGCUGGAUGCAUUCAGUUGUUACUGGUGGAUGUACAAAAUACAGAAUGAAUUUUCUCUCCGGAUGUAUGUACAACGUGGCUCUUUUCCUGCAGUUCAAUUUGCAGAAUAUGCAGAACAAGAACAGGGUAUGUAGCAUCAGUUUUGUCACAUGGUUUGAAUUCAUGGUUGGUAUUAACUGGAUGCUCCUUUAUCCCAUUCAGAAAAAAAUCUGAAUUAGCUUCCCUGAUGCAUCAGUCAUUAAACUGUGGCGUUAUGACUA